AGGGGGAAGGAUUACAUCUCUAAGGCUAAAAAGAGCAGACUGAGCCUCACUUCCUCCUUCUCAUCAACUGGGCUUCCUGUUGUCACAGUGUGAGCACAUUUAUUUUCCCUUCACUUCUCCUUUUAUACAAAUAGCCCCGGACAUCCGUGUUACCAGCCUCGUUGUGACCACCUCAAGGAUAAUCACCGCUCCUGCCUAAAAGACUGAGGAAGAGUGAGUGCCUGCAAAAGGGUAAGAAUAUCCCAGCAUGGGCAUGAGUGGCUUGAAAUUGCUGAAGUACGUUCUGUUUUUCUUCAACCUGCUCUUUUGGUUCUGUGGCUGCUGCAUUUUGGGCUUUGGGAUCUAUUUCCUGAUCCACAACAAUUUCAGCCUGUUCCCCUCCCUCACACUGGGCAAUGCAUUUGUCAUCGUGGGCUCCAUUAUCAUGGUGGUUGCCUUCCUGGGCUGCAUGGGCUCCAUCAAGGAGAACAAGUGCCUGCUUAUGUCAUUCUUUUUCCUGCUGCUGAUUAUCCUCCUUGCUGAGGUGACCAUGGCCAUCCUGCUCUUCGUGUAUGAUCAGAAGUUGAAUAAUUAUGUGUCUACGAGCCUGACUGAGAGCAUCCAGCAAUACCACACGAACAACAGCACCAGAGCAACAUGGGAUUCCAUCCAGUCAUUUCUGCAAUGUUGUGGUGUAAAUGGCACAAGUGAUUGGGGCGGUCACCCACCAGCAUCUUGUCCCUCAAAUCCACAAGUUCAGGGUUGCUAUGCACAAGCAAAACUGUGGUUUCACUCCAACUUCCUGCACAUUGGAAUCAUCACUAUCUGUGUAUGUGUGAUUCAGGUGUUGGGGAUGUCCUUUGCGCUGACCUUGAACUGCCAGAUUGAUAAAACCAGCCAGGCCCUAGGGCUGUGACAUGAUACUGCCUUGUGCUGGAGAGGCUUAUUUCAUCUUUGGAAACCCAAAAUCAGUUAUUAGCAUGAAGCCUUAAAUGGUCACCUCUUGGCCUGGUGUCUUUGUCCCCUUCUCAUCUUUUCCCUGUUUUGGUCCCUGUAUCAUAAAACCAGAAAAGAAGGUAUUAGCCAGACAUUUCCCAUCUCAGGCACCAGAACAAUGAUUUACCCACUCAUGGGGCAGCUAUGUCCCUCAAGAUGGUGACACUAAUACCUGAGCAUAUUUUGGACAUGAGAAGCCAAGAGAACCUGCACUAAUGGCUCAAGAUCAAAGGAUGGGUUUG